AUGUCUGACUCUAACUCUCCGACCUCUAGCCGCGGAGCAGGCGUAUUCAACUCAUCCUCCACUUCUUCCUCUUCCUCUUCUCCCAGCGGUGCCGCGUCUUGCCCAUCCGAAUCCCUCUCAACCGACCGCGAGCUUUCCUCGAUUCCACGCGCCACCCCAUCAAUCACCCCGGAGGAGGUCUGGGAAUACCCAUCUCCACAGCAGUUCUACAACGCACUUGCGCGCAAAAACAUGCCGGCGCCUGAAAAGUAUAUGGACGUUAUGGUGGAUAUUCAUAAUUUCCUGAAUGAGGGAGCAUGGAAUGAGGUAUUGAAGUGGGAGGGGAGGCAUAGGGGGGAGUGUUUGGAGCCGAGGCUUUUGAGGCUUCAGGGGAGGCCGAGGGAUCUGAGUCCGUUGGCGAGGAUCUCUGGUUGGUUCCAUGGGGUUAAGCCAUUUGAUAGACAUGAUUGGUAUGUUGAUCGCUGUGGGAAACAGGUCCGGUAUGUUAUUGAUUAUUAUGAGGGCACUCCUGAGAACGAUAUGCCGGUGUUUAAUCUGGUCGUAAGGCCGGCGAUCGAUGACUUUGGCAGUUUGACUGACCGCGCUAAGCAACUGUGGGACAACGCAAAGGCGAAAUACCUUCCUGAGACCAAGUAAAAAAACUGUAAAAAUGAUCCUUCCUUCCAUUCUAUCCCUUUAAGUAUAGUUAUAAUUAUGAUCAAAGUAACAUAAGAAAAAAG